AAGGCUGUGAACGACAGCAGCAUGUCAUCGGCUGCAGGGGGCGUGGCCGCGGUGGGCCGAGUCCAGCUGAAGCUCAGGAAGACGCUCAAGGGUCACCUGGCCAAAAUCUAUGCCAUGCACUGGUCAGCUGACUCCAGGCAAAUGGUCAGCGCAUCACAGGACGGCAAGCUUCUCGUCUGGGACACCUUCACAGGGAACAAGUUGGUUGCCGUCCCACUGAAGUCAGCCUGGGUGAUGAGCGUCGCCUUCGCCCCCUCUGGUAACCUGGUGGCCAGUGGCGGUCUGGACAACAUCUGCACAGUCUACAACAUCAAGGCCGCCAGCCCCAAGACCCUCAGGGAGCUGGAUGCACACACAGGUUACCUGUCUUGCUGCCGUUUCCUUAGUGACACUGAGAUCCUGACAGCCUCUGGUGACACCACCUGCUGCCUGUGGGACUUGGAGACUGGCAAGCAGAAGGUCAUGUUCACCAACCACAUCGGAGACUGCAUGUCGCUGGCUCUCUCCCCCGACAUGAACACCUUCAUCUCUGGAGCCUGCGACUCCCUGGCCAAGCUGUGGGACCUGAGGGAAGGGUCCUGCAAGCAGACCUUCAGUGGACACACCAGCGACAUCAACGCCAUCUCUUUCUUCCCCAGUGGAAACGCCAUCAUCACAGGCUCCGACGACUGCUCCUGCAAGAUGUACGACCUGCGCUCCGACCAGGAGGUGACUGGCUACCAGGACUCCAGCCUGAACGCCGGCGUCACGUCCCUGGCUCUCUCCAGCUCAGGCCGCCUUAUCUUUGCCGGCUACGACGACUUCAACUGCCACAUCUGGGACUCACUGAAGGGAGAGAAAGUUGGUGUGCUGUCCGGCCACGACAACAGGGUGAGCUGCACCGGCGUCCCCGCUGACGGUAUGGGAGUCUGCACAGGAUCCUGGGACAGCUUCCUCAAACUCUGGAACUGAGGCAUCCCGGCG